GAUGCCUUCUCAGCCUCUCUGAAUUCUCUCUGAAUUGGGAGAUUGCUUUUCAUGAACUAAAUAGGAGUGCCGAAAAGGGUUUAGAUCAGAAGAGCAAACCAAGGGCCUCUCUCCUUUCUUGGGUCUUUACUGUACCUCUGAAGCCUGAAGCUUUUGCAGUGAAAUUGUUAUCCACUGUUAAAAGAAAAUCCAUCCAAGCUUAAAGUUUCCUUUCUAAAAGCCCCAAAUAAUUCUUCAACCAAAGAUUUUCUCUCUCCUUUUCACUUUCUGUCCAUUCUGUUUAUCAGAAUCCAAAUUGAAGACAACAGAAGCAAAAAGUUCUUUUCUUUUUUCCUUCCUCGCUCUUGCCAUUUAAUAUCAUUUACAACUCAAAAGAAUUGUGCUUUGGCGAGUUCAUGAAUUCAUGUAUUCAGUAAAUUUUUAUUGAAUUAGGUUUUGUUGAGUAAAUGAUGGAUGCUUAAAGUGGAGAAAAUGGCGUUAGUGACCCAUCAAAUGAAGAGCUCUUAUGCAACAUUUCCAGUGAGGUCUUUAUCAUGGAGCAAAGGGUUCAAAUUGAAGCAACAUGUAGCAACGUGUCACAUGUUUGGAAGAACAGAUAGGCGUUUCCCAACAAAGUGUAAUCUUUGUUUAAGUGUAGGGGCUUGUGUUCAUGGAUCCAAAGUGAAAUUUUUGAAAAUUUCAGCCUUUAAAGGAAGUGCACAAAAUAAGGAAUCUGGAAAUAGAGCAAAUGGAUCUGAAGUUGCCAAGAAUUCUGUUAAUCUUUCUUAUGUACCAAAAGAAAGUGGGGAGACCAUAAUGGAAUCUCCAAAGUUUCACAGUGUUCCAGUUUCUUAUACCUCUGAUGGAAAUGGGGGGAUUGCAGGAUCACCUGCUAUUCAUAAAUUAUUCAAGAAAUGGUUGAACAUGUUGCGCACAGAUUCCCCAAGUCAAGUGGCUGAUGAAAUUUUGAGAGAACCACCUUCAAGUGAAGAAUUACAACAAACUCAGAAUACUGUUCAAACCAUGGAAGGACAUGAGAUUCUAAAGCCAGUUUGGUUUCACUUUUUGGGACUAGAUGCAACAAUAAAGAUACCCUUACUGAUUUUCAUCCCUCUGUACCUUGCAGUCAACGUCAUUUAUGGGGUUGAUGUGUCAAAGGAGUUGACUCCUUUGUGGAUUUUGGGGCCACUAAUUGUUGUGUUCUACAUCAAUGUGCUCCGAGUUUUGUGGACUCUCUAUGUCUUCAGCUUUAAGCAGACAGUUAAACUAACAAAAAACUUGCCUACUUACUAUUUGGUGGCCUCUAGCUAUAUUUCUCAGGGGAAGCUUAAACAAGAUGUAGAAGCUCGUGUGUUCCAACCUGUUGUAAGCAUUAAGAACCUAGACUACAAAGAGUUAUCAAGGAAAAGGUUGAAGGAAUUUGAAGAGUGGUUCAUGGAUAUGUACCUUGAUUUUGUGGAAUCUAUAUGGCCCUAUUAUUGUAGGACUAUCAGAUUCUUAAAGAGGGCUAAUCUGAUUUAAAUUGGUGAUGUUCACGUUAGUUUUCAUAAGAAAAUGUUUGAGAGCUGGUUGAGAUUUUUGAAAUAGAGCUGGCAAACCCCAUUUUAGACUGGGGUUCUUCUUAUGUCUUCAGCAAGUCAAGGAUCACAACAAAAGCAGAUUUUUCAGAUUUCUGUUAUUUUGUGGGGCAUUCCUGCGCAAGAUUCCAAUCACCUUGUUUCUUUUUGUAUUAUGUUUUCAACAUUAUUGAGUUGUAAAUGGGCAAUGGAAUUUGUAUCAUUGUAUGUUUACAUGAUUGGCUUUUUAUGAUAUUUUGACAGUCAUCUGGUUUAUUAAGAGUCUGUGAACUGACAUUCAUUUUGAGUUUGCUAGGAUAUUGGAGUCUUGAACUUUGGAGACUAUAGAUGAGAAAAUGUGUUUACUUUCUGGAGUA